ACUAAAACGCCUAUAGCUGGUAGGAUCUCGCCACAGCCACAAAAUGGAAGCCGUCGCAAAGCAUGACUUUAACGCCACAGCGGAUGAUGAGCUGAGCUUCAGAAAGAGCCAAGUUUUAAAGAUUUUAAAUAUGGAAGAUGACAUGAACUGGUACCGGGCAGAGCUAGAUGGCAAGGAAGGGCUGAUACCUAGCAAUUACAUAGAAAUGAAAAAUCACGAUUGGUACUACGGGCGCAUCACACGGGCGGACGCGGAAAAGCUGCUAUCGAACAAACACGAGGGAGCAUUUCUGAUACGGAUCAGUGAAUCGAGCCCCGGUGACUUUAGCCUGUCGGUCAAGUGCUCCGACGGUGUGCAACACUUCAAGGUGCUGCGCGAUGCACAGGGCAAGUUCUUCCUCUGGGUGGUGAAGUUCAACUCACUGAACGAGCUGGUCGACUACCACCGCACCGCUAGUGUGUCUCGAUCGCAAGACGUUAAAUUGCGCGAUAUGGUGCCAGAAGAGAUGUUGGUGCAGGCUUUGUACGACUUUGUAGCGCAAGAAUCCGGCGAACUGGACUUCCGACGAGGGGACGUCAUCACGGUGACGGAUCGUUCCGAUGAGCAUUGGUGGAAUGGCGAGAUUGGCAACCGGAAAGGACUGUUUCCAGCAAUAUACGUAGCACCGUACCAUUCAUAAAA